AUGAUGCACACAGAAAAAGCACCGAGACCGGAUGGUAUGACGGCGCUUUUCUUCCAACGCUCAUGGCCUAUCGUGAAAUCGGAGAUCAUUAAGAUGGUUAAUGAUUUUCUAAUAUCGGGAAGCUUUGAUGAAUGGUUGAACAUGACUCAUAUUUGUCUCAUUCCCAAGACGGGAAGACCGAGUCGGAUGACGGAGCUUCGCCCGAUCAGCCUCUGUAACGUGGGCUAUAAAAUCAUUUCCAAGGUUCUCUGUCAGCGACUCAAAGUACUAUUACCAAGUUUAAUUUCAGAGACUCAAUCUGCUUUUGUGCCGGGCCGGCUAAUCUCGGAUAAAAUAUUGAUCGCCCAAGAGAUGUUUCAUGGUCUCAGGACAAAUAAAUCAUGUAAAGGGAAGUUCAUGGCGGUUAAAACGGACAUGAGCAAAGCCUAUGAUAGGGUGGAAUGGUCAUUUCUGGAGGCUUUAAUGAGGAAAAUGGGGUUUGCGGAACAGUGGAUAACCAUGAUGAUGCGAUGUAUUACAUCAGUGAGGUACAGGGUGUUACUCAAUGGACAACCUAAAGGAAAGAUAACUCCCCGAAGAGGCUUACGGCAAGGAGAUCCAUUAUCUCUGUAUCUUUUUAUUAUGUGCACGGAGGUUCUAAUUGUGAAUUUGAAACAGGCGGAAGAACAGAAACAUAUUACAGGGCUUAAGGUGGCUCGGGCGAGCCCAACAGUGUCCCAUCUUUUUUUGCGGACGGCAGUCUGUUUUUCUGUAGAGCGAAUACUGAUGAGAGUCGGGUGUUACUUCAAAUACUGA